AAAAUGAGAAAGAGAACUGAAGUAGCGAAGCUGAAGGCAGUGAUCGAGCAAAGCAAGCGGUCUCCGUCUCUGUCUCAGCCUUUCCGUGUGCGUGGGAGAAAAUGUCUCUGCUGUCGCGUUAUGGUCGCCGCGCUUACUCGCGCUCGCACAUGCUGCGUGGUCCGAGCGCGCUUCUCCGACUCGCCUUCCUCUCCACCGCAUCCACGGACUCACUCGGCGUUCGCAGUCCAGCUCAACUCGGACCGCCUCCGAUAAGAGUCGGGCUCACCGAGUCGGCCGGCCGAGGCGUCUUCGCGACCCGGAGGAUCGGAUCCGGCGAACUCAUCCACACGGCUCAACCGGUCGUGUCUCACCCCUCUCUCCACUCUCUACACACCGUCUGCUACUCCUGCCUCAGGAAACUAAACAGUGCAGGUUCUCCGGCUCAGGCGGUGUCCUUCUGUAGCGAUGACUGCAGAGCACGCUCCCAAGCAUUUUAUGAAGUCGAGACAAGGGCGGACUGGUCACGCCACGAUGGCUAUUGUCGUACCCAAGGUUUGAAAUAUCCUCUCCUGGUAAAACGGCUAGCUUGUAUGGUUAUAUCAGGCGCAACAUCCACCGAAUGCCUUGACAUACUUCAACCUGCUUAUUUGUCCCCUGAGAUGAUAUCUGAGAUGGAGGAAGGGUUCAGAUUCCUGAAGUGUGCCUUCACAGAUGCUCAUGUGAAGGACGAGCAGAUAGCAUUUCUGACUAAGCAAUGGUACACUACCUUGCUUGCACGGAUCCGUAUCAAUGCAUUUCGUGUAGAGGUGGUUGGAGGAUCGUUUGAGGAUUUGCUUUCAAUGGCCGCGGCAUCUGUAGAAGCUGAAGCUGCUGUUGGAAAUGCCGUUUACAUGCUUCCUUCAUUCUACAAUCAUGACUGUGAUCCCAAUACGCAUAUUAUAUGGUUAGAAGAUGCAGUUGCAAGAUUGAAGGCCCUUCGAGAUAUUGAGCCGGGCGAAGAACUUAGGAUUUGCUACAUUGAUGCAAGUCUAGAUCGGGAUGCGUGGCAAAGUGUUCUGUCCCAAGGGUUUGGCUUCAGGUGUGACUGCCCUCGGUGUUUAUCUGGAGACUAGAAGGAUUUCUGAUAUGUGAAGUAUUGGCAAAGGAGGCGAUGAGAUUUUUCCUACUCUCUCGCAUUCAUUGGCAAUAAAUUCUACUGCUAUUCUUUUAUCUUUCAGUUUGUGUAAAAGUCUAGGCAUUGCAUACAACUUCAGCAAAACUAAAAGCCUUUCGAGCUACUUAAAUUUAGUGAA